AUGGACUCAUUAGUUGCUUCUCGUUCCACACUGUCCGAUUACCUCCAUUCGCCAGACAAAGACGACCAAGACGAAGACGUUUCGGACAUUCACCUCUCAGAUGAAAUGGUCUUCUGUAUAACCAUGGAACAAUUAUAUCGGGCUGGAAUGAAGCGACCACAGUUCAGGGUAUGUCUUUUCUUAACCUACGUGCGAACUUUGGAUGAUAUCUUUGAGCUUAAGGGUUCAACAGACGUUCUCAUGACUAGUUCGGAUGCUCUUGACGAUGACACCUUAUCUCACGACCACUCAGUUACCGCAAGAUCUCUCUCGCCUGCCGUUACUCCUCAAGAAGUUUUGUGGGACGUUCCUGCUUUCUCUGUAUCUUCCAUUCAAGACUCGGAUCUGGAAGACCAUUGCUCUUUUCCUUCUGACAGUAAAAUAAUACCGGAAGAGGACUUCGCUCCCCUCCACGAAUCAUUCGCCGACCCGACGACGGGGUACGAAAACUUCAAUGUAUGGUUUACACUCACAAGGCAAAAAAGACAUCGCGAGAAUUCACCGAUUGCACUGUGCUUUGGAACCGGGAAAGAAGAUGAAUUGGAGCUGGACUGGCGUUCUGACUCUGUUGACUCUCAAGAGGAUCAUUACGGCUGCGGGGCAGAAGGAGACUUCGAAGAAUUGACGGCAAGCGCGGAAGAAGACAGCAUUGUUGAUGUGGAUAUUGAAGCUACCGAAUGUUUGGUUAGAGAGGAUCAACUUUGGGAGUUUGGAGAUGAGGAAGAAAUAGGGAUGUGUAUCUCACUUCUGGAUACGGAAGAACACCUUGUGAUAGAGAACGAGUGUCCCUCACCUUGCACUGAUAUGUUGGACGAAAUACUUGAGUAA